GCCCGGUAAAUUGACUAUAACCUCUGCUUCAGGCUCCACGUACGCUGCCCGACCUGCUGGGCGUGGGCACCGCUCACCUGCGCCCCUCUUCGCCGCCGCUCCCUGCAGUUGUAACCGCUCCUCUCUGUCCGUUGUCGCACCUCGGCCGCGACGUCCCGCCCCGAAGCAAACCAGGAACAAGGAAAUAGGCAGAUUGAGGAACAAAACAACCAGACCUGCGCUGUUCCCGUCCCGUCCCCCCGUCCCCCGGCUCUCCACCUGCACUCUCCGGCACCUCCACGACAGGUACAGCGGUCGGGACCCCUGGGCAUACGCACCUGCGGGACACGGAACAGGCGCAUCGGUCGGACUCGCCCGAAGACUGUUCGACAGUUGGUGUACCCUCCCUGCUCUGAAUCUCGGGAUCCCAUGAAGUCUGACUGGGAUGCAGGCGAGUCCCCGACGCCGGGGCUGAACCCACCUGCGCCGGGCGGGACCGAACAGAAGGCGGCCCCGAACCCGGGACCCGCUGCUGUCCCACGAGAGUCCAGGCUCAGGAAGUUCUUCGUGCUCCGGCCUGGAAUGCUUGAGCAGGCCUUGGCUGACAUCCAGGCCCAGAUAGACCCACAGACAGAUGGACCACUACAAAGCAAUUGGCUGCUGACAGAGGUGGAUCACUGGAACAACGAGAAGGAGCGCAUUGUGAUGAUCACUGAAAAGUCACUGGUCAUCUGUAAGUACGAUUUUGUGAUGCUGAAUUUCCAGUGGUGUCGCAAGGUUCCCCUCAACUACAUAGACAAGAUCUGUUAUGGCCAGCUCACCUUUCCGGAAUACUCCAUCAGCAGGAAGGAGGGCCAUGGUCUGCGGGUUCACUGGGACAAACUGCGAGAGGCUGAUUUCUUCUCCCGCUGGAAUCCCUGGAGCAAUGACAUUCCGUAUACAACCUUCACUGAACACCCGGUUAAAGGAGCCGAUGAUAUGUUCACCAGGAUCUGUGAGCUCGAGAGCUUUAAGGAGCAGCUGGCGAAAGCUGUCCAACGGACCUACGAGGUGGACCCCGUCCCCGGCCGAGCGAACGGCGCUGUGGUACUGGGCCAUCCGAUCCUUAUCGAGACAUAUGUCGGGGUCUUCUCCUUCAUCAGCAACCAGAACAAGCUGGGAUACUCGCUGGCGCGCGGUUCAGUGGGAUUCUAGCAUCUGCACUGUGUAAAGAUCCCCCCCCACUCAGCCCAUGCACAAAGCCCGUCAGUAUGUCCAUACAGACCAUCGACACUCUGCACUGUGUCUGAACAAGACCGUGAGCCACUCUGCCCAUCGAGUCUGCUGUGUAUUCCAUCGUGGCUAAUUUACUAUCCCCCUCAACCCCAUUCUCCUGCCUUCUCCCAUAACCUUUGGCACCCUCACUAAUCAAGAGCCUGUCAACCUCCACUUUAAAUAUACUCAAAGACUCGCCUCCACAGCUGUCUGUAGCAAUGAUUUCAAAGUUCAAGGUAUAUUUAUUAUCAAAGUAUGUGUACGUUAUACAAGCUUGAGAUUUGUUUCUUCACAGACAGCCACAAAGCAAAGAAACCCAAAAGAACCCAUUGAAAAAAGACUGUCAAACAUCCAAAACAAUAAAAGUAAGCAAGUAACACAUGGAACUGAAGUUGAUGAAAGUGAGUCCAGGGUCACAAAGGCAGCCGCAGCCGCAGCCUCAGCUGUGCAGAGAGAAGGAAACACCGCAGAUGUGUGAGCUGAACACCAGCCCGUUCUCCCCUGACCUCCUCAUCCGGGCCCAGUGCGUCAGUUGGCCAAACAUUGGCUUAUUCUGUGCUCUCAGAGCCCAGCGCUACUCUUUCACAGACAUCCCACCCUGCAAAAACUCAUUUCAGGGAGGUAGCACCCCCGCUCCCCAACAACCCCAUAUUCCCCCCCCCCACCCAGGUC